AGCUUGACUUAAAGGGAAAAUAAUCAAGAUUUUGGCAGAAAUUUUAAUUAUUUAGUUUAUGCCACAGAAAGUUAGUUAGGACCCCUCCCCCCUUUUCGAUCCAGUUCGCCUCCCCAAUGUGAAAUACUUCCCGACGCCCCUGAAUUAUCUCCCCUUGGAAGAAGGCGUGGCCCUUCAAUUGAACAAACUUGAAUCCCCUUUACCCAAGGAUACUUUGUGACAAGUUUGGUUGAAAUUGGCCCAGUGGUUCUUGAGGUGAAGAUGAAAAUGUGAAAAGUUUACGACAACGACAGACAACGGACAAAUUUCGGUCAGAAAAGCUCACUCGAGCCUUCGGCUCAGGUGAGCUAAAAAUACCUUAGCCUAUCAGAAAGGAGGAACAGACAACGGUAUGAAGAAUUACAAUCUGUUUUUCAUUUCUGGUCAUUUGAUUAUAACUUGAGCUUUCGCCAUAGCAUCGAAUUUGUUAAUUUAAAAAGGAACUGAAUUUGUAUUUGGUUAUGGAGAAUGCUAAGACAAAAGUUAUUCACUAAUGUGUCUCGGUUACAAUAACUCAUAUGUUUUCAUUGCAAUAAAGAUUUUAUUUCCGCUUCGAGGAAGUUUUAUAGUAACUUUUUAUUCAGGAAAUAAACAAGUGUUUAGCCUAAUCAUAUGACCUUCUUUUGAAUUAAAAAGAACUGUAUACGCAUACUAUUUAAAACAUAUCUGUGAAACACUGUCCCAUACAUGUACCCUGCAGAAGUGAUUGCCCUGCUAUUUAUAAUCAAGAUUGUCCUAUAAAGUUAUCAGUGGUUUGAGACUAGACUAAAUAUUGUGUGCAAAAGCUCCGUUUCUUCCUACUUGCUGAAACUUUUGGAAAUAUAUUAGUGAAUGUAUUUGGUUUCAGUACCAGGGAUGAGAAAAGCACUUAAUGCCAAGAGGUUUGCUACAGCAGAGGUUCAUCCAUCUAUGCUGGUGGUAAAGAAUGCCAUUCAUUUUAUCGUAUCAAAUGGAGGGCAGAUGACGAUCUCCCAGCUUUUACCUCUGUUUCGUCAGCACGCACAGUUUAAUUUCCUAAAUAUUGGAAAGCUACUCAAAAUCUUACAGUCUUAUCAUAAUGUUUUUGACCUUGUGGAUACCGGAAAAGGGAUGCCACAGAUUCAAGCCAGCUUGGCGUUUGAGUUGAAAAUAUGUGAACAGCCAAGACAAUGUGGAGGUUACCCUCGAUGUAAAAAUCUACAUAUCUGUAAAUACUUCAUUCAAAACAAGUGCAGAGGAAAUCAGAUGACAUGUCAUUGCGGGCACGACUUACAUUCAGUGGAGAAUUUUCAAAUCCUACAAGGUUAUGGUUUAGAAAGAUUAGAACCAUUGGUAGUCAAAGAAUGGCUGCAGAAGCAUCACAACAAGAAAUCUCGACCACUGCAAGUCUGUACGUACUAUAACACGGCAAGAGGAUGCAGCAGAAACGAACGUUGUCCAUUUUUGCAUCUGUGUAGUUAUUUUGUCAAAGGGAGAUGCAAAUUUGGUCACUUAUGUGCUAGGAGUCAUGAUCUUUAUUGGAAAAGGAACAGUGAAAUUCUUCGAGAACAUGGGAUCGAUCUGCGAUGCGAUCAAUAUCAAGUUCUGGGCAUGCUCUCCAAAAGGACAUUACAGCGUGGCUACAAACGCUACUUAUACGAACAUUCAGAUCCUGUUGACCUGUUUUCCAAUUCUGACACGGACGAUGAAGAUGGGAUGACUCCAGGAAAACCUUUUUUGGUUAAAGCCAGUUCCAAUUGCAUAACGAUACAUUGGAAACAUGUGCCUCAUUUGUCUUCAGAAUUCAAACAUCAUAUACAGUACAAGGAGAUGCCUGAAGGGCAAUGGACAUCAGUCAAAGAUCUUGUAUCCCAUGAUGCAUCACAAGCCUCUGUAUCAGGUCUGAAGUCAAGUUCCUCCUAUUCUUUUCGGGUCCGACUUGUAGAUGACAAAGAAGGAGAGGAAUAUCCAUUUAGCCUUGAAAGUUCUGUUUUUAAGACAUUAGAAUCUCCACCUUAAAAAAUGCAGCAUUGUCCACCAUCAUAAAGCGCGGAAAUACAGAAAUAUACUGACUAUCUACGAAAAACAUCUCGAGGUCAAAAAAUGACGGGUUAUUUAAAGUCGAAGAAGCUCUCCAUAGUUGAUGUGUAUAAAAUAAAUAUAAAAUAAAUAAA